CAUCAUCAUCAUCUCAGACACUUCUCUUUUCAAUGAGAAAUAAGAUGGAUAAAAGAGACAUCAUCAUCGGAUCAACAACAUAAGAGGGUAUAUGCUGUAGGGGCAAAGACAUUAGAGACAUGGCUUCUGAUUCUAAAUCUACCUUGAUGAAACUCAAGCCCAGCACUCAACAUGGUUCAUCAAAGCUCAAGUUUGAUUCAUCUAUCACCAAGAAGAAGAUCGCUGAUACCUCUAUCAAACGCCCUCUUGAUUCCAAGACUAAAUCCAUCUCCACUUUCACAUCCAUCUCCACUUUCACAAAAUCUGAGGUGAAAGGAAAAAUAACAUCGAGUUCUUCAAGAACGACAUCGAAAAAGACUACUAUUAAAAAAAGAGAGAAGAAAGUUUACAGCUUGCCAGGCCAGAAGUUUGAUGUUCCUGAAGAGAGAGAACCCCUGAGGAUAUUUUAUGAGUCAUUAUCAAAACAGAUACCUUCAAGUGAAAUGGCGGAGUUCUGGAUGAUGGAACAUGGCAUGUUGUCAACUGGAAGAGCAAAGAAGGCUUAUGAGAAGAAGCAGUUAAGGCAAAAGCAGCUUCGGAUGGGAACUCCUAUAAAAUCACCAGCACCACUGCCACGAAGUAAACCUGAGAUUUCAAAAAAGCAGCAACAGGUAUCAAAGAUUGCUGAAGUAAAAGUUAAGAAAAGAAUCAUUGAGAGCGACGAUGAUGACGAGUUUAUACUGAGUCCCAAGAGGAGGAAAGGGUAAGAAGAAGAAAAAAAAAAAAAACCUUCUUGUUGUUUAUAGCAGUGUAUUUUUAGAGAUUUGAUUUUAAUUUUAGACCUUAAAUUUAACAACAAUGAACAACAGAAUGAAACCCAUAAAAAAGAUGAUAGAUGGAGACAUUGUUUAAGUUGUCUGAUGUAUGGAAACAAUAAAAGAGAAAUAAGUUCAGAAUUCUUGUUUAUUUCUUGUUCAUC